UGGGUCCGCCGCGGGGACAGGGACGGGACCGGGACGAGUCCGGGGCGGGCAGUGCCAUGGGGGCCAAGCUGCAACUCCUCUGCGCCGCGGCGGCGCUGAUCUGCGCGACGGCCCCGCCGGGGCAGCCCGGCGGCCGGGGAGCGGCGGUGGCGGCCGCGCUCCCCGCGGGCGAAGGGGACGGGUACGGGGUAAAGCUGUGCGGCCGGGAGUUCAUCCGCGCCGUCAUCUUCACCUGCGGUGGGUCCCGCUGGAAGCGGCUCUCCCUGCUGGCGAUGGAGCCCGCGCCCGCGGCCGAUUCUGCACAAACAGCAAGUAACAGCCUACUGGGAAACUUCAAGCUGCAAUCAAUUUUGGGUCCUGAAGUGGAGCAGCUGCAGAGAAGCAGCCCAUUUCUUGGAUGGGAGAUGUUCAAGGACUUGUAUAGUUUAAAUGACUAUAAUGAAUAUGUACCUGUGGCGGAUGACUUCAAAGAACUUGUUCGCCAGGUAGAGGAAGCUGUUCAGAAGGACAGGGGAGGAACAGGAAUUGCAAACCCCCUGGGAUCAAACAGUUAUCUUUCGGCCAGGUAUCCCAGAAGAAAACGGGAAUCUCUGGGUUUGGCAGGAAUGUGUUGCAAAUGGGGAUGUACAAAAGCUGAAAUAAGUACUAUAUGCAGAGUUUAAAAUUCUCUCUGAACUCAUGCAUGAAAUUAAUGUUCAUUGCAGUGCUACUUGAUUGAAUACUGUAUGGAGAAAGAAAACUUAACUGUAUUUUAUUUUGUCUCUGUACCAGUCAGUACUACUGGUUUUCUUUUAAAAAAAAAAAAAUGCACAAGUGUAACUGUAAUGACUUUGUUUUGCUGCAGUAACUUUUAGCCUAUAUUUUUUACUAAGUCUUUUCUUUUAAUUUUGAGCCUUUACACUUCUAUUACAAAUGUAUUAUAUCUUUGUAACACUUUAGGAAGAACUUCAAUGUUUCAUUAAAGUGUAAUUAUACUAAGUGUUACUGAAUUGUUCUUUCUCUGUUGACGGGAAGAACAUCCAGCGAUGUUCUUGAAAUGAGAUUCAUGGUACAAAGCCGUACAGAAAGCUCCACUCAACACUGACUCAGCUUGCUGAUUAUUUUGGACACACUUUUUCCAUUUCCUUAUAACUGCAGAAUUGUUUUAUGGAUAUUGUCUUUCUAAAAACUUUACCACAAUACAACACUUGCAGCCUAAAUUUGUCUUCGUAUUCAUGGGUGGACUUAUUACUGGGUAAAAUAUUAACACUUUAACUAUUCCUUGUUUACCUUACUUCCUCAUUUUUUUUUCCCUACUGCUGCUAAGUGAGAGCAUUGGGUUUGCUUCAAAUCACUUAUUCUACAGACACUCAGACAUCUUCCUGUGUGUUCUUAUGGUAUGCUGGUUUACACUACUUUGUCUGUAUUUCUAAGUUGCUAAUUGCUGCUGUAUUUGUAAAUAGCUAAUUUAAUCUUUGUAGUUUCUAAGCUUUUUGCCUUCCUGGCUGUUUUUCUCAGCUGUAACAAUUUUUAUUUCUAGCUAUGUUUUUGAUAGCUUGGGGGUUUUGUUUUUUUCUGACCUUUAUGAAGUUAUUGGCCUUUAUGGUAACUUCAUUUAGCUUUGUAGCAGCAGUUGACUCAGAAUAUACUUAGAGCUUAGACUGCACAGUUGUUUCCCUUGGCUGAUGGUGCUUUGUUCUUCACAUUGUCUUUUGAAAGGUGUCCUUUGAUUGAACUACCGCUUAGUGAAGUUAUUGCAUCACUUCUUUAUCCCUUUUCCUAAAAUAUCAUUGUUAUUCCAGGAAUUAGGCAGAUAUCAAUCCUUUUUAUUCUUUUAAAC